AUGGCUCAACGCUUUGAUAUCGGGAGCCUACUCUGCAUGCUUCGAUCGGCCGCGCCUUACGUUCCUAUUCCGUUGUACGCAGAGAGUCUCAGGGUCAAGACAGCCCUUGCAUCGGCCACUCUCACUCGAGUUUCUGUCAACGAGUGCCUGAGUGGGUGUAUCAAAGACCUCUCCUUGUUGUGGCACAUGGAUGACUUCGAAGUAUUCGGCCUGUCCCGUGCGAUACAACAGCCAUUCGCCGUCAAGCAUAUGUCACGGGAACGAAUUCGACCUGGCAAACCCACAAAUACUCAAGAUCCCAAACGUCAUCAUGGGGCGAACCCCGGUCUCUCUGGCAAGCCAGCCCAGUGUCACGAGAGAGGCUGUUCGGGAGACCAUCGUCACCGUUGGCUUCGUGACACCGAAGGAGCAUGCUGUCGGGAAUUUGGGCUGGCAGAUCUACUGGCAUGGCUCGUUUUUGCGAUGCAGAUCACCCUCACAGGCAGUGCGGCAUUUAUUGUGACUUGGCACGGCAUGCACCUCGCGGGCUGCCUCCUCCUUUGUAUCACCAUCAGCAACAGUAUCACCUCCUGCCCAGGAUAA